UUUGUGUGUCGAACGGAGCGCAUCUAUUGAUCAGGGAGAACGGACGUCGGUCUAGGUGGUGGAAUUACAAUCUUCACUCUUUUUUGGUACAUCUUUCGUUUGCACGGCAUCGCUUGAAGGGCUUCCAAACACACUACUUCGAAGUGUGUUUACAUGGUGCAGCACAUGCUCUGCCUCACACUCACUGAGGACUGUUGCAAUAAACAACAAAGAGGAGGAGGCUGAUCUUGAGCCCACAGCAGAGAGAGAGAAAAAGAGACACUAGAAAGAUCUCUGCAGUUAUCGCUUUAAAGCGAAGACCCUGUUCUGGGAACUUUGAAGACCCAGGUAACAUGGACGGAUUUUACGACCAGCAAGUACCAUUUAUGGUCCCAGCAAAUCCGAAAUCGUCUCAAGUGGAAGAACCGUACCACAGACCCGUCAGUGACAGGAAACGAAAAUUUGUAGACACUGAACUUGCUCAGGACACAGAGGAACUCUUUCAGGACCUCAGUCAGCUACAGGAAAUCUGGAUUGCAGAGGCCCAGGUGCCUGAUGAUGAACAGUUUGUCCCUGAUUUCCAGUCGGAUAGCUUGAUGUUUCAUGGCCCUCCGCCAGCCAAGAUUAAACGGGAACUGAGUCCUUCCAAAGCUCUGUCCCCCUGUAGUCAGGACCGGAGUCCCAUGCCGUACGGAGAAAAGUGCCUUUAUAACUACAGUGCCUAUGAAAGGAAACCCUCAGCUGGGUUCAAGCCAUUGACUCCUCCCUCGACGCCUGUGUCACCAUGCAGCUCCAGCAACACUCCUGGAACAUGCCCUGUGCUUGAACAGACUCCUCCUCCUGUCCCCAUCCCCACAUUAGGGCAGCGUUCCCUUCAUGGACAGCCUGCUGUGACCAACUCCACCCACAAUCAGAGGGCCACCGCUCUAAACAGCCAGACUCCACCUUUCGCAGUGCCAUGUCCACCUCUAAACCACGAGGUCCCAUUUAAUAGCGAGCACAGGUUUCAGCGUCAGCUGUCGGAACCCUGUUUGCCUUUCCAGCCUUCUGAGACACAGGGAAGACCAAACUUCAUUCCCCAGGGGCCGAGCACUUCGGCCAGAGAUGGCCGGCCACCCUACCAUCGCCAGAUGUCAGAGCCCCUGGUUCCUGUACAUGCUCAGGGCUUUAAACAGGAGCUCCUGGACCCUCAUUACACUGAGCAGGGGGUCCCCAACAUGGGCCCACCACAUGCCACUUUCCAUCCUAUGGCCAUCAAGCAAGAGCCACGAGACUUCUGCUUUGACUCUGCAGUGUGCAGGAUGACGCUUCUCCAUAAUCUAAGUCACCAAAAUCAUUGGCGAUCGCAUGUCAGGAAGAAGACAAAAAUGGGUAUGGUGACAUUGGGUGCCCUUGCAGAAGAGAGGCAUGUAGAAGUGCCUAACUGUCAGUCUUCAUUUGGGAGGGCAGCUAGUUUCUACCAAAACCGUGAAAAUUUCUCAUUUGACAGAGAUCAAAACCUGUAUUAUGAUGACGCAUGUGUGGUUCCUGAGCGCCUUGAAGGAAAGGUGAAGCAGGAGCCGUCAGUGUAUCGCGAAGGGCCACCUUACCAGCGCCGUGGCUCCCUCCAGCUGUGGCAGUUUCUUGUGACCCUCCUCGACGACCCUGCCAAUGGGCACUUCAUUGCCUGGACAGGCCGUGGAAUGGAAUUCAAGCUCAUUGAGCCAGAAGAGGUGGCUCGACGUUGGGGCAUUCAGAAAAACCGACCAGCCAUGAAUUACGACAAGCUAAGUCGUUCUCUGCGCUACUACUAUGAGAAGGGGAUCAUGCAGAAGGUUGCAGGUGAGAGGUAUGUUUACAAGUUCGUAUGCGAUCCAGAAGCCCUUUUCUCCAUGGCCUUCCCGGACAACCAGAGGCCCAACCUUAAGGCUGACCCCGAUGGCCUGCCUGUGCUGGAUGAUGAUACUCUGCCCCUAACCCACUACGACGAAGGUACACCGUACCUGGUAGACGGAGGAGAGCAGUGUGUAACUGGGAUGCCUUUUCCUGAUGGCUAUGUGUACUGACUCCCACUCCACACCACACCUCUCCCAAUGACAAUGUAUACUGAGUCCCACUCCACACCACACCUCCCCUGACGCGGAGCCUGAACGGCUGAGCGGACAGGUGCACGUCUGUCCCCACAGCCUCAACUUUUCCUGCCCUGCUGUCCGUUUACAAAAUAGCCCCGCCCCCUCAAAAAACGAACUGAUCUUAAAAAUAACAAGCAAGGAGAAAUCUGCACGCCACCUUCAACCCGUGACAUGGUGUCAGGGAGGUGUGGGACACCUGGACUCACAUGGCCAGGUGCUCACCAGCACAGAAGAUGGAGUCACAAGUCAAGUAGCGCCGAAGGACUGACUGGUCUCUAUGCAGACUUAAGGAAUUGUAGCAAUUCUCUUCUGACAAUCUUUUUUUUUUUUUUUUUUUAAGUUACAAAAUAUUAAGACAUCCUACCACAACAACAAAAAUCUAAACACGGCACUAUUCAAUAGCUGCGUGUGGUCCUGAUUAGUUUUGUUACCUCUAAUUCAUGUAGACAUCUAUGAGAAGUUUAAAGGGCUUUAUUUUGAAAAGAGAAGACCCAUUUUGUUUCUUUAGAUUUGUUUAGCGUUGGCUUUUAUAAAACGCUUAAAUGCAGGACUACUUCAAGCACGCAAAUUUCCUACAAAACUUACUGUUAUUCUUGUAGGUUUGUUUUGGUCAUUGAAGCUUUUAAGUGUUGUGGGAUUGUUUUCCUCUUCUCUCUCUCUCUCUCUCUCUCUCUCUCUCUCUCUCUCUCUCUCUCUCUCUCUCUCUCUCUCUCUCUCUCUCUCUCUCUCUCUCUCUCUGUGUGUCUCGGAUAAUUCUAAUUAAUGAUCUUUAAUGAAGCUAAAAACACUCAAGGACUUUCAAUCAGAUACAAGGACUGUUAACCCAUUCUUAAUAAUUCCAUAUGCCUAGUCACUCCCUGAGAAGCAAAAUUUGGUACAUUCGAGGUGUUUGAUUUUCUUUUUAAGAAAAUAUUUAAAAGGGAUGCACCUUGCAACUUCUGACUGCAUUAAAAUGUAUUUAAGGGUCAAACUUUUUAGUCUGUUUUGUAUAUUGUAAUAUUUUUUUUGCUUACGUUUUUUUGGGCUCCAAGAUGGCAGGAAAGCAAAGGACCUUGCAUGCAAUAACGUGACGCGAAGACUCCUCUUCACUGCCAAUUUAAAGUUGACAAAAGACCACUGCUUCCUUUUUGCAUGGUGUAUUCAACUGGCAAUUGUCCAUUAACAUAUUGCUUUAUGCUGGACAAAGAAGAAAUUAAGUUCUCUGUGCUUUUUUUUUUUUUUAACUUCUAUAAAUUAUAUUUUUGCAAAAGUCUGCAUUGUUUUGAUUUUAUUGUAUCAGCUGUAUAGUAUUGCCUAAAACAUGUAUGUUUUAAAAAUCUGGAUGCCUGUUGGUGCAGUCCUUACAGAGCUCCCUUAGAGGACAGCACUUUCUAAAUCACUCUUCUGAGGAGGUGCUUGUUGAUCUGAACCUCUGCCACCAAAAGGGUAGUCUGAACUUGUAAAGGCUCCACCUUCUUCCUCCACAAUGUGUACCUUUUACACUGCUAGGUUUAUAAUCUGUACUGGGUACAAUAAACUGUCCUUUCUGCUUCA